GAGUUUCGAACGCCUCCAGAAACUUCUCGUCUCCCCACCCCCUGCAGCGCCGCCGCGGUGCGCUGGCGAUUCGCCGCCCACCUCCGUUCGCCGCCCCACCGGGGACUCGGUAGCGGUUUCCGUCCCGCCGACCCACCCCGCGGCGGAUCCCAUGCCGGUCGAGGGGAUGGGGAGCGUGGUCGCCACGGUGAGCGGCUACCACGGCGACGAGCGGCACAGGCUCGUCAAGCUCAUCUCGGAGACCGGCGCCAGCUACGUCGGAACCAUGAGCAAGUCCAUCACCCACCUGGUGUGCUGGAGGCUCGAGGGGAAGAAGUACGACAUCGCGAGGAAGCUCCGGACGCGUGUCGUCAGCCACCGGUGGUUCCUGGAGUGUCUCAGGGAGGGGAGGCGUCUCCCGGAGGGCCCCUACUUGAUGGAAAGUGGUGAAGAAGCAGGGUCAGUCCCAGAGCUCCCUGCUCGUCCCAGUACACGAGGCAACAAAAAUGAAGUCACGGAGGAUAGAGUUUUGAAAGAGUUACCUGAUGGUUUCUGUGAUAUUCCUACGGCCAGCCAUACUAUCAAGAUUGAUGAUUCAGAUUGUGAUAUGGAGCAUCAGACAUGGUUCGAAUCAGCCCUACUAAAAGAAAAUUUUGUUGGUGAUGGGGAUUCCGAGAAGAAUGAUUCAUCAGAUGUUAAGGAAAAAAGAAAACGUUUGAAGCGUGUGAAAAAAUCAACAGAUAAAGAUGUCCUACAUCUGCAGGACAAUGUAUCAAGUGUCAUGACAAGAAAACGUCUUCAUGAGUCAAGUCACACAACAUCAAGGAACACAUCGAAGCAGAAGGGGGAAAGGAAGGAUCUUACAGAAAUUGAUUGUUUUUCUGACAGCUUCGAUGAACCUCAGACUUUGGAUACUCUGUCUAUAGGAGUUCGAAGAAAACAUACCAAGACAAACAUAUUAUCAUCAUCACUUUGUCAAAGUACCCUGGAUUCAAUGUACGAAUAUGGUGAAAGUAGUAGGCAUGAACCAGACAGAAGAAAAGAACUAGAAAAUGUUGACUUAAGGGAGAGUUCAACAAGCUUGCCUCCAUGUGAUUUAUCUGGACAGGAACCAGCUUUCUGUACUCAGGAGCAAAUAGAUAAAUGCAGCCUUGGUGCCAUAGCUGAUGAUGAAAUGCGAGAUGACAAGAAACCCUCAGAAAAAACAUCUAAUUUAGAAAAGCAAGAAGAAUUAUCAUGUGCCAUAUGCUGGACAGAUUUUUCGUCUACAAGGGGCAUCUUACGAUGUGGACACCGAUUCUGUUAUUCAUGCAUUCAAGAAUGGGCAGAUUGUCUGGCUUCCAGGGGGAAAGUCUCAACAUGUCCCCUUUGUAAAGCCAGUUUCACAUGGAUCAGUAAGGUGGACGAGGCAGGCACCUCCGAUCAGAAGAUAUACUCACAGACCAUUCCUUGUGAAGCUUCUACUGAUGUUUUUGUGUUCCGCAAUGAAGGCUAUGGCUUCUCUCGAUCCUGGGUUGGGCUAGGAGCAUGUUACCAGUGCCACAGCCGUGAACCUGAGGAGCUUCUUCUGAGCUGCCAUGUCUGCAGGUCGCAGUGGGUACACUCGUACUGCCUUGAUCCUCCACUGACCCCGUGGACAUGUGUGCAUUGCAGAGAUAUGCGUAUGAUGUAUCACCGCUAUCGCUAGUCUGAAAUUGGAAUACUCGUUCCAUAGUCUGAAGUCUGAACGUUGCCUAUUUACCCAUACAGUAGUCUGUUUUGAGAUUGUAGCGGGAACCUGUAUCUAUAUUUCGUGAGAGUUCUUGCCAUUUUUCACGAAUAGGCCUGGACACAUACUUUAUUAAGAGGAAGAGCGUCUACAUCGAUCCAAAUGGGACUAAUCCUGAGCGGAUUGCAGUUUCGUGGGAGUUCUGGUCUCCUGGACAUAGAACGAAUAAAUUGCAGUGUACCUGUAACAUUGAUCUCUUCAGUGGAUUUGAUAAGAGAUUUGGGAUAUACUGUCAAA